UACUGCAGCAGCACUGUGGGAUGUUUUGUGGCCAGUAUACAUGCCUGUUCCAAACCAGGAAAUGUGGAAGAAAAUCUGCUAUGAGUUCUGGGAGAAAUGGCAGUUUUCCAUGUGUAUAGGGGCAAUGGAUGGAAAGCAUGUGUAUUUCCAAGCCCCACCCAAUGCUGGAUCCAUGUGGUACAACUACAAGGAUUCCAACUCCAUUGUACUGCUGGCACUUUGUGAUGCUAACUACAAAUAUAUCAUUGUUGAUGUAGGGGCAUACGGAAAACAAAGUGAUGGUGGAGUUUUUUCUGAAAGUAGUUUUAGGAAGGUAAUUAUUGCUGGAAAUGCUGAUUUGCCACCUGCAUCCAAGAUACCGGGGACAUCCAUUGCUGUUACCCCUGUUAUUGUUGCUAACAAAGCAUUCCUACAACUCAAAAACCUCAUGAGGCCUUUCCCUAAAAAAGAUAUUAAAGAAGACCAAACCAUCUUCAACAGAAGACUAUCAAGAGCUAGGCGGAUCUCUGAAAAUGUGUUUGGCAUCUGUUGUGCAAAAUGGAGGGCAAUUUUGGAUUCAUUGUACAUGCAUCCAGAUAAUGCAGAAACUGUUGUAAAAAGCAUUUGUGCAUUGCACAACUACAUCAGGGUAGAGGAAGCUGUAAUGGAACCGGAGAGGUGAAGGUACUGGCCUCUUGGUUAUAUGGAUAUGGAGGAAGCAAAUGGACGAUGGAGGCAAUAAGUGGAUGCAGAUCGUGUCCAUGGAUUAAGUAGGCAGGGUGCCAAUAACUUUAGUAAAGCAGCAGAUCAAACAAGAGAAA